GUAAAAUGAAAUGUAUGAAAAAUAAAGCAAAAUUGACUUCUUCCACUUCUUGUUUCUAUGGUUUCUGCACAUAAUCUUAUCAUUUGAUAUGACGUAACAAAUUAAUGAACGUCCUCCAGAUUUCAGGGGUUACCUAAAUAACCUAAAAGUAAUUUGAAUUUCCAAUUUUCCUCAUAAAAAUAUUAUUUGUUUGUUAUGUGUCGAGUGUACUAGUUAAAUAUAAUUUUGGGGAAUGACCAUGUUUCCUAUAAUGUUGGAUACAUAAAAUACUUUCUUUAGUGAACCCCAACAUGUCCUAUUUAAAGGUGCUUCAUUGCACUCUAUGCAUCAAACAAGGGGCCUUCAAUCUUUCUAACAAGUCAGUGCUGUUAAAAAUUGGAAAUAAAACACCAAUACAGCAUCCAGUAAAUAUUUCCACAUCAUGCCACCUGAAUAGCAACCUACCAUUGACAUCCCAAACAACGACGACCAAGGCCAAAAGUAAAAAAGUACCUGAAGACCCAAGAGUAUGGAAAGAGACUCCAACACAUGAUAUAAAAAAUAAUUUAGUUCAGUAUUGCAUGAUGUUGUCCAAGUUCAGAUUGACAUCGCUAGUAGUGAUGACGUCAAUGGCUGGGUACGCGCUGGCGCCUGCGCCGUUCGACCUGGCCACGUUCGCGCUAUGCUCGGUGGGCACCGGCCUCGUCAGCGCCGCGGCCAACGCCGUCAACCAGUACCACGAGAUGCCCUUCGACGCGCAGAUGUCGCGGACUAAGAAUAGGGUGCUAGUUAAAGCAUUGUUAGAGCCCACUCACGCGAUCGGAUUCGCAACUGCAACGAGUGUAACUGGACUAAGUAUACUAUACUUUGGUGUGAAUCCGCUGACCGCUGUGUUGGGUGCCGGCAACCUUAUCUUGUAUACGUCCAUAUACACGCCACUGAAGAGAUUAUCUAUUGUCAACACCUGGUUAGGAUCUAUUGUGGGCGCGAUCCCGCCUCUGAUGGGCUGGGCGGGCUGUGCAGGCAGCCUGUCCGCGGGCGCCCUCGUGCUCAGCGCGCUGCUAUACUCCUGGCAGUUCCCGCACUUCAACGCGCUGUCGUGGAACCUGCGCCCCGACUACUCGCGCGCGGGGUACCGCAUGAUGGCCGUCACCGACCCAGCCUUAUGCAGGCGGGUGGCGCUGAGGCACACGGGCAUUAUAACAGCGACGUGCCUCGCGUCUCCAUACCUCGAGGUUACCAACGUGUGGUUCGCAGUCGAAUCGUUACCACUUAAUAUUUAUUUUAUGUACUUAGCUUGGGAGUUCUAUAAGAAAUCGGACAGUGGCAGUUCAAGGAAGCUCUUCAGAUUCUCUCUAAUACACCUGCCCGCACUCAUGUUUCUGAUGCUAGUCAACAAGAAGUACUGGCCUUCGAGCGAUACUCAGGAACAGGACUUGGUGAAACUACAGGAUGUUAAACAUACGGAGGCUAAGAGAAUAACGGUUCUGCCGAGAGGGCCCGUGGUUGCAGCCCAAGACCCUAGUACGGUUCACAAAUGAUGGUGCAAACAAAUUACUGUGAUGUAGUGUGUUAUAACCAUCGUCAUCGUAGUCAUUAACUGAUUAGAACUCCACUGCUGGACAUAGGUCUCAUGCGCCACGUUCAUGCGACGCCUGAAUCCAGCGGCUCUCGUGAGACUCGUUUGAUGUCUCUAUUGGGGAUCUCCUAACUGGGAGAUUAGUCGUAUCAUCAACCUUAUUGAAAUCUUAUUUUUUUAUGAAUGUGCCUUUACUAAUUAUUGCCAGAGCACCAUGACAAGAUAGCGUGCACUUUUUCAUUUAAAAUAUAUGAGAUUGCCUUGUGCAUUACGACACGCCGCAACACAUCAGUUUGUUUGCACCUUAAUGUGAUCGCAUACCACAAGCCUUUCAAGAGUAUUUCAAUACAGAAAAAGUGCAUAAACGGGUCAACCGCAUCAGGCGCGCGGAUGUCGUCAGCACCGAUUCGUUGGUUAAUUUUCUUUACUGAAACUUGGGGCCUUCGGGCGAUCACAUUAGUUCUACAAAAUAGUAGAUAAUUGUAGUAUUCUUUUUUUCUGUAAAUAAUGUACAAUGCUUUGUGAUGUUAUUUAUAGAGUCUGUUUGUAAGAUAUAAAAUCACCUUUAUGGAAAUAUUGUUAAGAAUUUAAGUUAUAUUUUUCGAUGUUUGACUAGUUCCUCAUUGAUGCAUAGGAGUAAAUAAAAUAGACAGAAAUAAUAAAUCCUUAUAUUUAUUUUGUU